CGUAGGAUCAACAACUUCAUGAUAAAUAAAAAACAAUAACAAACGUCUACAAUUAUUCUAUUUAGUGCCCCGCCCACGUGGUUGAGAAAAAUGGCUGCAAGAAAGCUUACAAAGAGAAGAAGGACCAGGGAGGUCGGGUCUGGCCUAGCUGAGAUGUCAGUGGAUCAGUUCAUGGCUGAUGUGGAGGGCAGCGAUGACGAGAGUCUGCCAGUCAAGCCGGUGAAGAAACUCCGCAGUAGUGUAACUAAGAGAAAGAGACAGCGGAGUGAAGUAGACUCACAUGGUGACGCUCUGUCACAGCUGGCUGCCACUGACCCGGACUUCUUCCAGUUCCUCAAGGACAACGACCAAGAGUUGCUCCAGUUCACCAACGACAACGAUAAGAGUGAUGAGCGUCUGGAGAGUGAUGUUAGUGAUGCUGUGGAGGAGGGGGCGGACAGUGACAGUGAGGACAGUGUGGGCGUUCCUGAGCUGCGACCUAUGCACGUCACAAGUCAUAAGGAGGUUAUAAUGGAGUCGGACGAAGAGAGCAGUGACUCUGGUGACAAGUGUGAGGGUGGUGAGUCUAGUGACGAGUGUGUGGAGAGUGUAGGUGGGCGGAGGCUCACACGGGAGAUGGUUGUGGAGUGGGUGGAGUCAGUGCAGACGUCACAGUCCCUGCGCUCAGUCAAGCAACUCACCAACGCUCUACACUCGGCCAUAGCACAGAUGCUACAUAAAGACGACUCAGAGGACACCGUUUCCACACCGAUGUACCACAUAGAGAGCGCCAGUGUCUUCAAUCUCUUAGUCCUCUCCUGUCUGAAACAUGUUGAACCUUGCCUAUCCAUCCAUCUCCCACCCUCUCAGGGGAAGUCGACACUGUCCUCUAGUCACAAGGCUUGGCCUCGGGUCAAGAGAAUCAUCAAACCUUAUCUUUCCGACCUCCACUCGCUCAUAGCCAACCUGCGUGACCCGGCGAUGCAGUGUGCUGUGAUUAGAAAUAUUCGCACUCUGACCCGCUGUGUUGUGUGUCUGCCACGUGUGUGUAAAGGACUAGAGAAACAGCUGAUUGAGUGUUGGGCUUGUGGUGAUCAUCACGUUCAAGUUAUGGCCUUCCUGGCUCUGCGUGACAUCACCCUCAUCAAGCCACACCCAUCUCUCGGGGAAACUCUCAAGAAACUGUAUCUUGCGUUUGUGCGUAACUGCAAGUUCACGAGUGCAGAGACUCUCCCCCGGGUGAGGUUCAUGGAGAACUGUCUAGUGGAGCUACUCUCUCUGGACACACCCACCACCUACCAGCUAGGCUUCGUGUACAUACGACAGCUGGCCAUCCACUUGAGGGCAGCCAUCACCUCGGGCAAGAAGGACGCUCAACAGGCUGUGUACAACUGGCAGUUUGUGCACUGUCUGGACCUGUGGGGGCGUGUUCUAGGUCACCUGACUGAUACUAAGCUCCGCCCACUUGUGUACCCGCUAGUACAGGUGGUUCUCGGCACAGUGUCCCUCCAGCCAUCUCCUCGCUACUACCCUCUCAGACUACACCUCACCAAGACUCUCAUAGAGCUGGGUCAGAGCACUGACACUUUUAUACCAUCUGCACCGUUCCUACUAGAGGUACUAGAGAACUGCGGUGCAAAUGUGUCCUCAAAACUGCAGACCGGCAAACCUCCCGAUCUCUCGCUGUUGCUACGGGCAACUAAGACACAACUGCAAUCAAGAGCAUACCAGAGUGCUGUGCUGAACGGUUGUUUUGAGCAGUUGGUCUCGUUCUCGGCCGCUCACUCUCAUCUGAUUGGCUACCCUGAGCUUAUGUUUCCCAUAGCAACCCGGGUACGCCGUGUUGCCAAGACUACACCGUACUCCUGGCUACGACUCCAGCUCCAACAGUUAUUGGCUAAGGUGGAUGAAGUUGCCAAGGCAAUUGAGAGGGAACGAGAGAGAGUUGAAUUCUCUCCUAGUCAAAUCGACCAAGUUAGUGCGUGGGAGGCCUCAAGGAGGGGGAAGGAGAACGCUGUGAGGAAGUUUCAGAAGACAUGGACCAGUGCCCACGCUACAGUUACAGAGGUCAAGGGGUCAAGUAAAAAGCGUGUGGCCAAGAAGAAACGACACCCAGUCAGUGAUGACGAGACCAGUGAUGGGGGCGUGGUUAAUGAGGAUGUAGUGGAGGACUUUGACCUUUCAUCAGCGGAUAGUGACUGAUUAAGUUUAUUUUUGUGCUAUGCCAAUUAUGUACUCUUGGUUCAAUAAUAAUGUCUGAACUUAUAAUAUCAGCAGAAAACAAUUAUUAUUAUUUAUUAACAAG